AUGGAGAAUCCGGUGUUUGAGGAGGCAGGAAACCAGGCCGGCAUAGAGAUCUGGACUAUUGAGAACUUCGAGCCGGUUCCUUUUGAUCCCAAAUACUAUGGGAAAUUCUACAACGGCGACUCCUACAUCGUGUUGAAGACCACGGAGGAGUCAUCCUCGCUGACCCACGACGCCCACUUCUGGCUGGGCAGCAAGACCACUCAGGACAAGAAGGGCUCCGCUGCCAUAUGGACGAUCACGUUAGACGACAUGCUGGGCGGCAGAGCUGUGCAUCACCGCGAGGUCCAGGGACACGAGUCCAGUUUGUUUCUGAGCUAUUUCAAGCCAGCCAUCAGAUACCUCGAAGGCGGGAACGAGUCUGGCUUCAACGAAGUGCAGACCAAUGCUGGUGCUGAGAAACGUCUCCUGAAGCUGUCCGGAUGCGACAACAUGAGGAUCGAGGAGGUCGCAGCCGAGGCCUCGUCGCUGACAAAGAACCACUGCUUCAUCUUGGAGAACGAGCACGACAUCUUCGUGCUGAUGCCGGAGGGCGCGAAAGCCACCCAGAGGCGGAAGAUCAUCAGCGUCGCCAACAAACUGAGGGACGAGGAACACAACGGGAGAGCCACUAUUGAAAUCAUCGAUGAAUUCUCGUCAGAUGAAGAUGUGAAUUUGUUCUUCGAAACCCUAGGAUCCGGCUCAAUGGACGAAUUAGUUAGCGACGAUACUUCAGAGAGCUACACCAGAUCAGAUAUUUCAGCGGUGUACCUCUACAAAGUGUUGGACGGUGAUGAGCAAGAAUUAGUCUCCAUGAACAAGCCCUACAAGCAGAAACAUUUGGCCAGUGACGCAAUGUACAUUCUGGACACGGGAGACACUGGUGUUUACAUCUGGCUGGGGUCGGACCUGGACGCUGAAGUGAAGAGGACAUACCACGAGAUCGCUGGAAAGUAUUUAGAAGACAAGGGAUACCCGAGCUGGGUCCACGUGACGAGAGUGUCGGAGGGCGCGGAGAGCUCGACCUUCAAGCAGUACUUCCACAACUGGGACACGGUGCGGACCGGGGGCUCGGUCAGGGGAAUCAUAUCUGAAAUCGAUUCGGGGUACUUCUCUGGGGACGCUGAGGAGUCGGCGGCCGCGGCCAGGACGAUCGGCAAGAGCGCCACAGCACGGGGCUACAUGCCGGACCAGGGCGAAGGGAGUCUCACGGUGACCAGGAUCUCUGGUGAUCAAGAAGACGUGACAGACAGAUUCCAGCAGGGGACCUCCGUGCUGUACCAAUCAGAGGUCUACGUCAUCACUUACAAAUACCAGAACGAGAACGAGGAAGAUGCCUGGGUGGUUUACUUGUGGAUCGGCUCAGAAGCGAGUGAUGACGACAAAGAGGCCGGGCAGAUGCUACUGUCGCAGCUAGAAGAGGAUCUGGAAGGAAAUGUUACAUCAGUGAAGGUCCCUCAGGGCAAGGAAUCGAAGCACUUCUUGAGCAUAUUCAAAGGAAGCCUCAUAGUGCUUUUUGGUAGCAAAGACGAUGAUUACCAGCCGCAGAACUCCAAGAAAUCGUAUGAAGAAGACCAGACGCGGUUGUUCAGGGUGGAGGGAACGGAGACCGGAGUCGACAUGAGAGCGGUCCAGGUGGCGGAAGAAUCGAACGUUCUAGAAGAUGACGACGUAUUCGUUCUGGAGACCGGCAGCGGCGUCUAUGUUUGGAACGGAAAGGAUUCCGACCCUCAAGAACAGGAGGCGGCUCUGAAAUUCGUUGAAAAUGUGGUCAAGGAUAAGGACGUGACGGUGGUGGAACAAGGAGACGAGCCCGAGGAGUUCUGGGAGGCUCUAGGCGGUAUACCCGAAGAGAAAGAGGAGCCGUCGGCGUGGCGUAUGGUUGUCAACAGACGCGUGACGGCGACACGGACCCUGACAGCUGUCAGUGUCGGCGUCGCCGGGAGGGUUAAGUUCGAGGAUCUGGACACGGAGUUCUCUCAGCAGGAUCUUUCUGAAGAUGGAGUUUAUAUUUUGGACACGGGCGAGGAGCUGUACUUCUGGCAGGGAGCCGACGUCACGGAACGCGUCAAGUCCUCCAAACAGGAAGUCAUCAAGAAGUACAUAGAGGACGACGGUCUCGAUCGAACCGUGGACUCGGCGGUGGUCGUGACCGUGAGGCAGGGCGCUGAGCCGCGCGUCUUCAAGAAACUAUUUCCCGACUGGGACGACGGAAUGUGGAGUAAACUAUCAUCUUAUGAAGACAUGAAGAAUAGCACUAAAGCUGCAAAUUCUAAAUAG